AGUAUCUAAUGUGAUUUACGAAACGCAGUUGGGAUCCCGCACAUAUGAAAUAAUCCUGUAGUCCAAUCAUUUUUGCAGUUAAACAAAAAUAGCAUAUCUUUUAUUUUAAGGGAUAUGCAACUCUAAUGUGUGUGCAGCUUAACAUGUUCGCAAUUGUACACGGUGCAGCAGCAUGGUGUGCGCAAUACCAUGUGUUUGCAAUAACCGCUAUACUGCUACGUUAACGAUAUUCAAACUGACGUAUUGUGACGUAUAGUAGGGUGGGAAAGAUGGUGUCCCGUCUUUCCCCGCCCUACUAGUACUACACAUAACAUAAAUCUGCCUAUAACUUUAAUACACAAACUCAAUCUUCAUACAUACAAAAGGCGUUAACUGCUGUGUUGCACUUUAAUCGACAAUACAUAUACAACUGACUAAUAUAGCGAUAAUAUUUAUGGCUUUCCGGUGUCACAAUAUACACAUUAGGGUGGCGUUAAAUGGGACACCUUUAGCACAUAAUAUAUCUAAACAUUUUUAUCAUGUUUUAAAUAAAAUAACUACGGUCUAUGAGAGUCGUAAGGAUACGGCUUUAUAAUUCUUUGAAUAACCUUUGUUUACUACCAAAUGGGACGAGAAAAUAGAACGCGAAGGUAUCCCAUUUCAGCACCUCGCGAGAACAAAUCCCAACGCAGUAGGUAUAUACUGUUUCAGAAGAAUGACAAACAAAAUGAAUACAACAGUUUCAACACAGGGUAAAACUUUUAUUAAAUGUUGAAUAUACUUUCUUUUCUACCGAUGGGAUUCUUUAUAAAAUCUCGAUCAUUUUCAAGGCGACACGCAGAGAUCAUUUGAAGUGCAUUCACUUUGUCUAUAUGUGUUGCUCGGGUCAUAUUUAAAAUCAACAGUUUUAAAUGAAGUUGCUGACUCCCGCAUUGAUGGAAUUUCAAAUUUUCUUUGCUUAGUUUCAGAUUCUUGGUUUGUUUCAUCUGGUAAUAAAGUAUUGGUAGCGUCAGGUGCGGUUACACAAACUGACCAUAAAUGCUCUGAAUCAUCCGUUUGUUGCUUCAGCAUUUGAAUGGCUUUGUAAUAGUUUAGUUUUUUCUCUUGGUCUUCAAUCUGAGGCUUAUUUGCUACGUGGCUGUUUUCACGCAAUGAUUCAGACAGUACCAAAAACCGCUUGAACUUAUUAACCAUUAUGAAGCUGUAAUGAAUAAAGAAUGUUUAGGUUAAGUUACCUAUACAAAUACACAAUAUACAGUUGCUUUUGUUUUGGGAACUGCCGAGCCUUGGUCGUUUUUUACAUUUGAAAUAAUUUAGAACUCUGAUCUGACAUUUACAGCUAUGUAAAAGAUACCUGUCGGCUGUACCGUCCAACUGAAAUACCGAUUGAACCAACAGACCUAUUUUAUAUACGCCAAACACUAGUUGGAAACUACCUUGAAUUUAACGCGAUGCUAAACAAACAAGUUCCCGUUCUCUGCUUGGCUUCGAUUCUCUAUUUCUUUAUGUUUCGGUGACGUAAUGCGUAGGCGUAUGUAUACCAUUGGGGCGGGCGCCCAGACCACAGGAAAAUCCAGAAAGCUUACCGUAGAAGCACCCUGUACUUCCCUGUACUUAAAAUAACGCAAGGAGUCAACAAAACCAGUUUGACCCCGACUUAAACAGUAAAAUUAGAUGAUCUCUAUUAUGUUUAUAGAGGCAACACAUAAACUAAUAAGCAUUAUGACAUCAUAGUCUGCAUAUCUGAUGCAUUAUAAUAUCUAUAAAUUUUCAAAGUAAAACGAAGAAUUUUCCAGAAACUUUUGUUGGAUAUUAUCAUGUUUUCGUUGAAAGGAUGUAAGCGAAGAAAUUCGAUGGUGUUCGUUGUACUUUGCGGAUGUUUUUUCGUGUUUGUUUUUGCGCAAAUAACUGUCUUAUUUGGCAGAAAACAAAACAAUCUUUUCAAUUUUCAAUGGGAGCAGUCCCCAAGGCCACAACCGUAUAUUUCGUUUCUUGCGUCUGUAUUAACCCACGACGCACGUCUCAUUGAAAAGGAUUGUAUGUGGAUUUUGCAAGGCAAUAGAACCUUUAUGACAAAACUUGAAAACUUGCUGAAAAAUACAGACAGAACAGACGAGUUGAUUUUACACUUAGAGACGGAAAUGACAAACUGCAUUUCAGUGGUCGAGCCAAAUAAUACACUCGAGGAAACAGACGAGUUUGAAGAUCUAGACUGGAACCGACACGAAAACGAGAACUGGUCUCCAAAGCUUCGCAUUGUGACGUCAUCACCUGAGAAAAUGUGUCUUACAGAUAAAUCCAAACUCGAUCAGGUAGUUCCUAUGCAUUUAUCAGAUGACCCUCCGACGUUUGCCGAAAUAGCAAAGAUAUUCGCCAUGUUGGAGGUUGGUGGUUAUCACCCUGGACCCAAGUUUUGUAAGCCACGUCAUUCGACUGCGAUAAUCAUACCGUAUAGGGAUAGGAAUACGCAUUUACGGCAUUGGCUGCAUUAUACGCUGGGUAUUUUGUUGGAACAACAGCUUGAGUUCACGGUUUUUGUUGUUGAACAAGAAGGUAAUGACGUGUUCAAUAAAGGCCAACUCAUGAACACUGCGUUUAUGUGGGCGUUGCAGCAAUCUCGAGCAAAAUUUAAAUGUUUUGUAUUUCAUGACGUUGACAUGAUACCAGAGGUACCUGGCAACUUCUACACUUGUGCGGAUGGUAAAACAGUCACCCACUUAUCUCCAUACAUCGAUAAGUUUAACUACACGGCUAAUAAGAAGAAUGGGCUGACAGUUGGUGGCGCUGUGGCAUUCACAGAAUGGCAGUAUAGGGCGGUGAAUGGAUAUUCAAACGUAUAUUGGGGUUGGGGUGGGGAAGACGACGAUAUGAAUUUGCGAAUCAAACAUGCAGGUUUACACCGGACCAGACCGGAUUCGACAUUCGGAAGGUAUAGAAUGAUACCCCAUAGUCAUGACAACGGUAACCCGAUCAACAAAAUACGUCACAAACUUUUAAAAGAAGCAAGUGUUCGAAUGGCAACCGACGGUCUGAGUGACUUGGACACCAAAGUUGUCGGUGUUUCGUUGUAUGCAACCUACACGCAUAUCAUGGUACGGUUAAAAGUGCCACAGUUGCCAUGGCUGGAAACCACUGUUGCCUCACAGACCAGUGAAAGUACUGUGGCACCAAUUCAAGAAACGCCGAUUUCAUAUACGGUGAAAAAACGAUCGGAAAUUGUGGCGAAGAAAACGGAAAAAAUCGAGAAUUAUUGAAACUUUGAUUUGCAAGCACGUAACAUGUAUCUAAUGAGAAGGAUUUAUGUAGCGCUAAGUGAUUUUGUUAUAAUACGAAUAACAAAUAUCGUUGUGUUGGUAUGUGUAGCGAAUGUACUUUUUUAUGUGAUGUCAAAAAUGCAAUUUAAAGCUGCUAAGUUUGUGUAAAUAUAUCGCA